CAACUUAUGUGAAGCGGCGAAGGCGGACACAUCUUCGAUUGGAGGAUGUUUAAUCCUUUUACAACUUUGGGCAUGGGAGAGGUUGCCAAUGGUUCGACCCCAACGGGUUCUUCCACUGCAUGCAAUAUUUGAUUUGCCCUAUGGUGCUAGGUGGGCUUGUGCACAUAACUGGGCCGACUCUAGCAGAUUCACUCUUCGCAUUUAUAGGGACCAGUUUGACCUGACCAGAUGCGGGGGAUUCACUGAUGAGUAUCGUGGGUGGUUUCGUUACAUGGGCAAGACACACAUUAACAACCCCUCACAAGACCGUCCUACAACAGGAUUUGUUCCAGCUCAUCCACAUAUUGCUAUCGCGUCUCACUGUUUGGGCCAGGUUGCUCGGGAAAUGAUUGACAGAGGUGACCCUCGAGAUUGUGGGAUGAUUGAGCGAAUCAGGAAUUGCCUAAGGCGGAUAGGUGCAGAAGAAGCAAUGGAUCACGACAUCAUCACAUUUGAAGAUGUUGAUGAAGGACACGCAUCGCCCGAUGCUCAUGGCCAACAGACUAGACCAGGGUAUGGGUUACAUGAUGAUGAUACAUCUCAUGAUACACCCAUGGAGCCGCCAUCCACAGUUGGUAGUUCCUAUCACGCACAUGAAAUUUCCCAACAUCAGCAGUGGC